AUGGUAACGCGCUCUUCGGCAUUUAACGAUAUCAAGUUUGGCCAAACCAUCAGCGCCGUCACAAUUUGGUCGGCAAGCGAGUUGACGCUGUGA